GAAACCUGCAAUAUGGAACGCAAAAAGCUAAGAAUUAGCGAGCAGGUUUCGGGCUCGAGGAACUCUCCCGCUGGAAUCCUGCGUAUCGACCUUGGUGGAAGAUCUCGACCAUCUGGUGAAUUUAAAUUUAAUCAGGGCGAGCCCACCUCUCCUCAACCCUCAAUAGACCGACUCUCGGUCACCUUUGCUGAAGAUUCCGUCAAAAUUGAUCCGAAAGGCACUACGAGUUCGAACUCUUCAGGCGCCGAGACUAUGGACAAAACACCCCCGCCUAUCCAGGACGGGACUCAAGCGGACUCAGAUCAGGAGGACUAUUCGGCCAGCGUGAAUGCGAUUAUCCAGCGUCGGGCGUCGUCGCGGCGUUCACGACGCAGGAAUCGACGUGCUAGUUCUCCUUUGGAUGUGAUGCCCGGUCUAGAUAACGGACGAAGGAGGUCGUCUGUAUUUACCACCAGUUCCGGAGAUACUGCCAUAACGGUGGACGACAACCUUAACAACGAGGUGACUCAGGAGGAGAUAUUCGAAAAUAUUAAACUCCACAAGGAAGUCUUGGGUAAUGUGAAGAUGCAGCCUUGGAACAUGAGAAAAAAGCUCAAGCUCGUGGUUCAGGCGAAAAGUUACAUCAAAAAGCACGAGGGCAAGCUGCAAGAGCGACUUGCCCAAAGUCACUCCACUAAAGACAUGCUAGCUAGAUGGAAUAUUUACAUCAUCAAGAAAUGGCAACGGUGGAAGCGAGAGUUGACGAAUUUUUCGAUGUGGUUUAUUCCCUGGGAGCUUAAAAUCAAAGAGAUCGAGUCUCAUUUCGGAUCUGUCGUCGCAUCGUACUUUAUUUUUCUGAGGUGGUUGUUCUGGGUGAACAUCGUGAUAGCGGUGGUCAUAAUCUCCUUCGUCACGAUCCCCGAAAUUAUCACGGCGGAUCCGCAAGCCGUCAAGGACAGAAAAUUUGUCCUUGGCGAGGAACGAUUCAAUUCUACAAACUUCCUGACCCUGUGGGAUUUCGAGGGAGUAUUCAAGUACUCGCCUCUAUUUUACGGGUGGUACACCAACAGGGAUUAUAAUGAUUCAGCCAUUUUAAACGAAGUCGACCACAGGAAGCACAUGUCGCACGGCUAUCGACUACCCUUCGCUUAUUUCGUCACAGGCCUGGUUGUAUACGCUUACAGCUUUUUUGCAACUCUGAGAAAGAUGGCCGAGAACUCAAGGAUGUCAAAACUGUCGGAAAAAGAUGACGAGUGCAUUUUCAGCUGGAAACUAUUCACUGCUUGGGACUAUAUGAUAGGAAACGCAGAAACUGCCCACAAUAGAGUUGCGUCAAUUGUCAUGGGCUUCAAAGAGGCCUUAUUAGAAGAAGCGGAGAAAAAGCGGGAAUCGAGAAAUUGGAAAGUGAUUUGUUUUCGCGUGUUAGUAAACACCCUUGUGGCUGGACUGUUGUCAUUUUCGGCCUUCGCAGUGAUCGUGGUGGUCAAGCGGUCUACCGAUCCGGAUGCAAACAGCACAGUAUGGCGCAGGAACGAGAUAACCGUCGUCAUGUCUUUGAUUACGUUAUUUUUCCCGAUGCUGUUCGAGGUUUUAGGCCUGCUUGAGCAGUAUCACCCUAGGAAACAAUUGCGGCUCCAAUUGGCCAGGAUUAUGGUAUUGAAUCUUCUCAAUUUAUACUCCCUCAUAUUUGCGUUAUUCGAUAAAAUUUCGGAUAUGACGGUGUUGCUUCAAGAAUUCAAAAAUGAAUCGACCAGGAACGCAGACGCCGAUCUGAAUACGUCAACGACUGCGAUUAACGUUCUAACCACCGAAACGUCGCCUGAUAAGACAGCCGACUGUAUGUGCUACGAUAACGAUAUUUUCAAACAAGUGCUCACUUCCGCCGAUUUGAUAUCCGAAGCAGCUCACAACGUAUCGCUUUACAUUAUGCCGAAACUGGAAGACCUACGAAACAACGUCUCCGAAGUCUUUUUGAGUACUUACGCCAACAUGACAGAAAGCGUGUCACCAAAUAGUACCGAGUUAAACUUCCUCGACAUCAAAGACACGUUUGUGGACUACUUGACAUACUUGCUAUCUCAAUUCGCGUCGAACACGUCCACCGAAUUAAACUCGACUGGCUGGUACAACCAUAGCACCGAUCAGUACUUUAAAACGACAAUUUCCUCGCUCCUAAACGCUACAUACCCUUCGGACGACGAGAGGUUCGACACUCAACUCUCUACGCUUUACGACGACGUGUCGUCCACUGUGACGUCGUUUGUUACUUCCACUUCUACAUCUGAAAUGGAGGGGUUCACCACCGCACUGGUACCGAGAGACGCGAUCUGCAUAGAACUGUGUCGAAAUUCGUUAAAGCCGCAGACCACGGCCAUCUCAACCAGGCACGUUUCCGACUACAUCAGAAACGCCAAGCUGCGCAGCCUUUGCUGGGAAACCAUGUUCGGGCAGGAACUGAUUAAGUUGACUGUGAUGGACUUAAUCAUGACCGGUUUAUCUACCUUGGCGAUGGACUUUUUUAGAGGCAUCUUCGUCAGAGUCAUGAACCGCUGUUGGUGUUGGGAUUUGGAAAAAAAGUUUCCCCAGUACGGCGACUUCAAAGUGGCCGAGAACAUUCUACAUCUGGUGAACAACCAGGGUAUGGUCUGGAUGGGCAUGUUUUUCUCGCCCGGCUUGGUCGUACUCAAUGUCGUCAAACUGUACAUAAUGAUGUACCUCAGGGCGUGGGCUGUACUCACAUGCAACGUCCCCCACGAAAUCAUUUUUCGAGCUUCGCGGUCCAAUAACUUCUAUUAUGCCUUGUUGCUUAUGAUGUUGUUCCUCUGCGUCUUACCGGUGGGCUACGCCAUCGUCUGGAUCGAGCCAUCUUGGCACUGCGGUCCAUUUUCGCACUACGAAAGAAUAUUCCACAUCUUUACCAAGACCAUAAGGGCUACAGUGCCACCGUCGAUGCACAAGGCGUUAGACUACAUAGCUUCCCCUGGGAUUGUCAUUCCACUGCUCCUACUCUUGGUGUUGAUAAUUUAUUAUUUGGUGUCACUAACUGGGGCCCUAAGAGAGGCAAAUAAUGAUUUAAAGGUACAACUGAGACGUGAAAGGACCGAAGAAAGGCGAAAGAUGUUCCAGCUGGUCGACAGGAGAAGAAGAGCCGGCUCUGGUGGGUCAAACGAUGACGGCGCUACGCCAUUUUCCAAGUGGAAGAAGCUAUUGGGCAAUCUUCCGAGCGGUAGAAGCUAUGAGGAUACGACCAAACAAGAGUCCGAAGAGAUGGCGCCCAGUCAGAACAAUGAAGAAAAAGUUGAAAACAAAAGCAGAGUGUUCUUCAGUAAAUUAAUCAAGAAAGCGCUCGGAAAAUCUUCUACGUCAGAAGAAGAACAAGAUGGCACUGACACGGAACAACACGACUCUCUCCCGUACGAUACGAAUAAACCAGUAUCACACAAACCUGUAGGUCGGUCCGUGUCCAAUAGCAGUUUCGAAUUGCAAGCAUUAGUGAACCGGGCUUGGUCCUUAAAGAAAAACGAGCGCAAUCCGGAGAAGAGUGUCAUAUCCGAGGAAACGCCCGAUCGAGAGGAUAGAGAGGUUCACCAGGAAUGUUGUAGGCAAGACUCGGCGUCGUCCGUGAUUCCAGUAAUAACCAUCAGUAAAACCGAAAGCACGGAGGCCAUUUUGAAUGAAGAAGUCACCGUAAAGACCAAGAGCAAAGGCACCGAACCCAAAAUCAAAUGCGUAUUGAAAAAGCAAAGUACCGAAAUAGACGAAGACAUCAUUUGCCACUUCGGUGAGGAUUUGGAGAAGAUGCGAAGGGACGACCUACUUUUCGAAACGGCCGUGAGAGAAAAGUUUGAAGAUGACUUGAAGCGUGACGUCGGGGAACUGCGCAGGGAAGACAUCCUUUCGGAUAACGAAGAGAACGAUGUCAAGGACGAAGUUAGCGUUAUAACUGUUGUUAAUGUGGCUCGUUAAAUAGACCACCGUUAAAACUCCAAAAAUAAAGAUUUUGAGUGUUUGAAUCUUAAAUAGAUGAAAGGCACUUUACAUUAACUUUUACUGUUAAAACGUUAGAUUUUUAAAUAAAAAAACUCUCCAAGAGAUGGCACUUACUCACACUUUGGUCCUCUGACAAUUUGAAGUUUGAGUUUAUAACAGCAGAGUGUUAUCUUAGAUACAUCAUCAUCAGUAGCACUACAACCCUGGGUGGGUCUUGGCUGCGUUUACAAUUCGCCUCCAUUCCUGACGGUCUUCUGUUUGGUUGGUACGUGUAUCCUAUUGUUCUGAGAUCUGAUAUUACA